AUGGGCAUUUGUUAUUCGAAGAUAGAUAAUAAGAGAGAGGCUGAAAAUGAGUAUGAUAAGAAGAUAAAUUUGAAGUCGAAAAAGAGUAGGUCAGGUGAUUUUGCAGCAUUUAUUAGCAAGUUAAGUGGAGGUGGCGCGGCUGUCGCAGCCGCGGAGGAGCGGGCGCUGCACCAGAUUCAGGGCAGGCUUUUCUCCAAUGGCGCAAACGGCAUCGCCUGCCUAUACACUCAGCAAGGGAAGAAAGGAACCAAUCAAGACGCCAUGAUCGUUUGGGAGAACUUUUGUACAAGAAGCAACACAAAUGCAAUAUUUUGCGGUGUGUUUGAUGGUCAUGGUCCUUUUGGUCAUAUGGUUGCAAGGAAAGUUCGGGAUACUCUUCCUCUCUUGCUGCGUGAAGAGUGGGAAGCCAAAUCCGAUGGCAAACAAAUUUCUGUCGGUGAGAAGGGAAACCAUGCAGGAAUGAUUCGUUUUGAAGUUGAUUCAAUUGAAGUUGGCGACAAUGAGAAACUCCCUGAGAUGCAUAUGCCGCUUAAGAGGUCAAUAUUGAAGGCUUUCAAGUUAAUGGAUAAGGAACUGAAGUUGCAGUCAACCAUUGAUUGUUUCUGUAGUGGUACAACUGCCGUUACUUUGAUAAUGCAGGAUCGGGAUCUCAUAAUUGGAAACAUUGGUGACUCAAGAGCAGUAUUAGCAACAAGAGAUGGAGACAAUUCUUUGAUGGCUGUGCAGUUGACUGUAGAUUUGAAACCCAAUCUUCCAAGAGAAGCUGCAAGGAUCCAGAAAUGUAAAGGAAGGGUUUUCGCAUUGCAAGAUGAGCCAGAAGUUGCACGUGUGUGGUUGCCCAAUAGCAAUUCACCUGGUUUGGCGAUGGCCCGAGCUUUUGGUGACUUUUGUUUGAAAGAUUUUGGUUUAAUUUCUAUCCCAGAUGUUUAUUACCACCACAUCACUAUGGGAGACGAGUUUGUUGUUCUAGCCACUGAUGGGGUAUGGGAUGUCCUCUCCAACAAGGAAGCCGUGGACAUUGUCGCCUCGGCUCCUGGUCCAACAGCUGCCAGAGCUCUUGUCGACUGCGCUACUAGAGCAUGGAGGCUCAAGUACCCGACAUCAAAGAACGAUGACUGUGCCGUUGUAUGUCUCUUCCUGCAACAAGUAUCCGGGGCGAAUGUGUCUAAAGCACAAAAUAAUAUCACAGACCUGGAAGUGGAAACGAAGGUCCCUGAAGAAGGGGGCAUUGAGGGCUCAAAUAUUGAUGUUGUACUGUCUCGUGUUGAUCUUCCUGUACAUUUAGAUAAUGUUCAAGAAUCCAGGUCUAAUGUGGCUAAAGCAGAAAAUAUUAUCACUACAGACUCUGAAGAAGAAAUGAAAGUCCCUAAAGAAGGAGGUAACAAUUGCUCAAAUAUUGACAUUGUAGCUUCUCAUGCUGAUCUCGUUGUACAUUCAGAUAUUGUAAAAGAGUCAAGCGAGAUAGAGUCUGUAAUCGAGCCAGUGGAGGAGAAGCUACUAGGAAGGAUUCAUGAUCAGUCAAAGAGGAGCCUAGCCGAGUGCCUUUUGAUUGCAGAGGACGAUGAAUGGUCAGCCCUUGAAGGUGUUACUCGUGUCAAUAGUUUACUUAGUCUUCCGAGGUUCUUGUCUUUUGAGAAAAGAUCAGUGAGUUGGAGAAAGUGGUUAUGA